GGAAGGAAUUAGCAGAAACACAACAUGGCGGCCAGUUUGCUGCGUUUAGGGCGAUUGAGCUCUGUCAAGUGUCUCCAGGUGGACGGCUGGGUUACCCCGAGGAUUCGAGCGGCUCUUUGGUUCUGCACUGAAGCUAAUGAGCCCAAGAAACUAGUGAGAAAGACCAAAGCUGCAGUAAAGAAACCUGCAGCAGCAGCAGCAGCAGCAGCAGCAGCAGCAGCAGCAGCAGCACCUCUGGAGCCUGAGGAGCCGUUUGAUAACAGCACCUAUAAGAACAACCAGCACCACAGCUACACCACCUACACCUUCGCAGAUCUGGAUGUAGACAUGGCCAAGUAUCGCCUCCCUCAGCCCUCCUCUGGCAGACUCUCGCCUCUGCACUAGAAAAGCAGAACCAUCUGCAAAUUGUGCUUUAAGAAUUAAAAAUAUGUUAUAUAUAUAUAUAUAUGCUCCUGAACGUACCAGGGCUGCAGCAACGUUGUUGUCAAAAUGUGACAUGAUUAAAGAACACAAGGUAAAAUUGUAGUUUGGCUCUGUAUUUGUUUUUCAGCCUGUGUGCUUCUGUUUAAAUAUCCUAAACAAACUGUUACUUUAAUAAACAACCAGGAUAGGAUUAUCUGUUGGUUUGUUGUGGUUUGCCUGAACGAUGUGAGAAAAGGGACAAAAGGGA